ACAUUUUUGUGCAUCUCUAUACUAUUCUAUACCCAAUUUGUCACUCUCCCCAUAAUAUUAAUCGUACAAGCAUCUCCACUCCGCAUAAACACUCUCCCCCGCUUAAUUUCUCCUGGUCUGUUGUCUCGUAUUUCUGAGAGAUCCCGUAGAUUCUCCAACACGUCCGACCCGCCCCUUUGGAGGUGCUACUAGGGAAAAGGGAAGGAAAUACCCGCGAUCCUUAGGCUAUAAACGAAAAGGGGGGGUUACGCGGUCCACAAAAUGUCGAACCUUCAACGAAACUUUUCCUUCCAGGCACACGACGACAAUCCGGCCUACCAUCCCCUCAAUUCUCCUAGCGACUCUCCCCAGCAAACAUCAAUGGCUCAAAAUUCGCAGCCAUUCACUGGCGACAAUCUAGAGAGAUUGGAUGAUAGGAGUAGCCCGCACAGCGGAGUUCCCGCUGAGCGUUGGGAAGGACACCCUGCAGAUUCCACCGAUAGAGCUCCGGACGAAGGGUAUAGGCAUGGCGUGGAAGGCGAGAAUGAGUACUCCGGAGCGUGGUCGAAUCGCGGCCAGCAAUCUGCCUCUCGGAAUCCGUCGCCAGUGACUGCUGCCGAAGGGGGGGGACCCGCAAACAAUGGAGAAGACGAGGGGUACCUGGGCCCGGAACUAGGAUACGCGCAAGGUAACCGCCGAUCAGGCUACUUUACCAGAGAAGGAGAUCAGUAUGACAAUUUGAAUUCAUCGCAGCGAGGUUUGGUGACGCCUGGAUCUACAUCACCACCACUAUAUCCGCCAUCAGCCUCUUCACCUUUUUCUCAGGCACCGCUGAUAGGCGGAACAUCAGCUCCCGCGCCUCCAGCGCAUGGACUCGGCGCUCUGGAGAAUAGGUCCAGUGAUAGGGUGUUGUCUACCCCUGUCGGUGGUCACUAUACAGAUAAUCCGUACAACCGCUAUUCGACCACGUGGGAUCCGGUAUUAAGCUCAACGCAGGUACAGGUCGACGGCAACGCCGAUACCUAUGUAUUAAGCGACGACGAGGAGGAGGCGCAUCGACGUGGAGCCGCAGCAGCAACGGGUGCUGCAGGUGGAGGUGUGUUGGCCGCUUUAAGUUCUAGGGUUGGCCGACCGGCUCCCAGCCAUGUCUCCCCUGGUGCUGCUGGCGCGGCCGGGGCUGGGGGCGGGGGAAGCGGGGUCAUUGAGAGGGGCGGCCUAUUGGGAGGAAGCGAUGGGGGGUCAGGAAAUCUUAAUAAUGAGAAAGUUGCGCAAUCCGAAUGGCUACGAUCACAGACGAAGUCGAAGAAAAAGCUCCGGUGGAUCAUUGGCCUCAUACUAAUCGUCUUCAUCCUCGGCGCGGCAGGAGGCAUAUCUGCGGGAGUAGUCUUGUCUAAGAAGAACUCUGGGGGCUCCUCCUCGCCAUCUACGCGGGAAGCGAGUGGGGGUGGAGGGUCUGGACUUUCCGGAGAAGAGGAUAUCAAGCAGAAUGGCGAUUUGAACAGGGACUCGCCGGAAAUCAAAACUCUCAUGUCAAACACCAGGUUUAAGAAGGUUUUCCAUGGGAUGGACUACACUCCUCUCAACGCGGUCUACCCUGACUGCAUCGGAAACCCCCCAACCCAGAACAACAUCACCCGCGAUAUCGCCAUCAUGUCCCAGUUGACCGAUAAGCUGCGCCUCUACGGCACCGACUGCAACCAGACAGAAAUGGUCCUCCACGCAAUAGACAUGCUAAAGGUCGACAUGAAGAUCUGGCUCGGUGUCUGGCUAGACAAGAACACGACAACCAACACGCGCCAACUUGGCCACCUCUACAAACUUUUGGACACUUAUCACUCGGACCGUUUCGAAGGUAUUGCCGUAGGCAACGAAGUCCUCUUUCGAAAAGAGCUCACCGAGACCGAGCUCUUUGGAAUCAUAGACGACGUACGGCACAACCUCACAUCGUUGAAUAUAAAACUCCCAGUGGGGACUUCAGACCUUGGAUCGAACUGGAAGUCAACUAUGGUAUCUAGUGUCGACGUACUCAUGGCGAACGUACACCCGUUCUUUGCCGGUGUAGUUGUAGAGAAAGCUGCGAACUGGACGUAUAACUUCUUCCAGCAGAACGACGUAAUCCUGACGGCAAACCUCGCCACAAAACCCCGCGUCAUGAUCAGUGAAGUUGGGUGGCCCAGCGGCGGUGGUAACGACUCUGGAAGCGUUGCGGGUAUUUCCGAAAUGAAUAGGUUUAUGAAGGACUUUUUGUGUACGGAAAAUAGUCGGGGGACGGAAUACUUUUGGUUCUCUGCCUUUGACGAGCCCUGGAAAAUACGAUACAACGAACCGGAACUCGGCAAAGAAUGGGAGGACAAGUGGGGGCUUAUGGACGUGAACCGGAAUUUGAAGGAUGGGUUGGUGAUUCCGGAUUGCAAGUAAUCCACUUUUCUCCUUCCUCACUCUCACAAUAUUCCACCUACUUUGGUUUGGUUGCUUUUGGAGUGGGUAGGUGGGGGUCUGCACAGAUGGCUUGGAAACUUACCAUGCCGAAAAUGCUUAUUUUUCAUCAAGUACUAUUCUUGAUUAUUGUCCGGCGUUUUUGACUCUUUCAUUCUGGGAACCUUUUUUCGAGCAGCGGUGUUUUUUCUCGUCGCCCUUUACUUUUAACUUUCAUGAGGGGGAAUUAUUUCUUUGGGACUCGCUCAGUGGUCUAAUUUUGGUUUCGAUCUUGGUAAAGAGGGAUAAAUCUCAUCUCUUGCUCUUUCUUCUAAAAUGUAUGGGGUGUGCUCCCCAUUUUCCGUGUCGGUUUCUACCUAUAUAUCUUCUGUCUGCUUGGGA